UAAUGGCGGAAAUAGUGUUUGUCGUAAGAGAUUUCCGCUAAUGUUUUUCAAUAAUUUUCUAAGUAUACCAACCGCGUUUCAAAUGUAUAUAUUCUUUAGUAGUUUAAGUGUACAAAGUUUAGUGUGUAAUUUAUUUAACCAUUUCCUGAACAUUAAAAUGAAUCAAAUAUUCAUUCCGAUAUGAUUGAACUUAUUGAAUUAGUUAUAUAGGUGAAAAAGGGUUCAGACUUCAGUGUCGUAUACUGGCAUUGAGACAGCUACCGGUAGGGUGGCUGUCGUAAUAAAGAAAAAUGGGGGCCCAACAGGCGAAAGAACGCGGUACAACCAGCGGCGCUUCUAUACGUUCAACAAGAAAUAAGCCCCGGGUGCCGAAAGACCCCCGCAUGCUUGGCUCAAAUAUUUUUACCGAACACAGUGAAGCGCUACUUCAGAGUCGUCCCCUGCCUCACAUUCCGGAUCUGCCAGAUGGGGAGGGCCCCGCGCCGCCGACACCGCAACCGCUCGAUUCCGCUAACAGGUGGACUUCCAAAGAAAAUCUAUUGGCUCACCAUGAAGAAGAUGAUCCCCAGUUAUUUGUUGCCCUAUACGAUUUCCAAGCGGGUGGGGAAAAUCAGCUGAGCCUUAAGAAAGGGGAACAAGUACGCAUAAUGAGCUACAACAAGAGCGGUGAAUGGUGCGAAGCCCACACGCUAGUGGGCGGCGUAGGCUGGGUGCCCAGUAACUACGUGACUCCUGUGAACUCACUCGAGAAGCACUCGUGGUACCACGGCCCCAUAUCUCGCAACGCUGCCGAGUACCUGCUCUCAUCCGGGAUCAAUGGCAGCUUCCUAGUGCGAGAGUCUGAGUCCAGUCCAGGGCAAAGGAGUAUUUCAUUGAGGUACGAGGGAAGAGUGUAUCACUAUCGGAUUAACGAAGAUUCUGAUGGGAAGGUGUAUGUGACUUCGGAGUCUAAAUUCGGCACAUUGGCCGAGCUCGUCCAUCACCAUUCCGUUCUUGGCGACGGUCUUAUCACACAACUACUUUACCCGGCACCGAAAAGGAACAAACCCACCGUGUUUCCACUUGCGCCACCCGACGAGUGGGAGAUAGACAGAACGGAUAUUGUAAUGAAACAUAAACUGGGCGGAGGCCAAUAUGGCGAUGUUUACGAAGCCGCUUGGAAGAGAUGCAAUAUGACUGUUGCAGUAAAAACCCUGAAAGAUGACACAAUGGCGCUUAAAGAUUUCUUAGAAGAAGCUGCUAUCAUGAAAGAGAUGCGUCAUCCAAACCUCGUGCAAUUGCUGGGCGUAUGUACGCGAGAACCACCAUUUUACAUCAUCACAGAGUUCAUGAGUCGAGGAAACUUGCUCGACUAUCUUAGAACUGGCAACCGUGAUCAUAUCGAUGCUGUUGUGCUUAUGUAUAUGGCAACACAGAUUGCCUCUGGCAUGAGUUAUCUUGAGAGCAGGUCUUUCAUACACAGGGAUCUGGCAGCUCGCAAUUGUCUGGUCGGAGAGAACCACCUCGUGAAAGUAGCUGACUUCGGACUUGCUAGACUGAUGCGGGAUGACACUUAUACAGCUCACGCUGGUGCAAAGUUCCCUAUUAAGUGGACCGCCCCCGAAGGCUUGGCUUAUAACACCUUCAGCACCAAGUCUGAUGUCUGGGCGUUCGGAAUUCUUCUGUGGGAGAUUGCCACGUACGGAAUGUCACCCUACCCCGGUGUUGACUUGGCGGAUGUUUACCACAUGCUUGAGAAGGGAUAUCGCAUGGAGUGUCCCCCUGGAUGUCCUGCAGCUGUGUACGAUUUGAUGCGGGGCUGCUGGCAAUGGAACGCGUCUGAACGACCGUCAUUCAGGGAGAUCCAUCAUGCUCUUGAGCAUAUGUUUCAGGACAACUCUAUUACUGAAGAAGUAGAAAAACAGCUGCAGGAAGGUGUUUCUGGCACACCUCAGAUGUCGCUUAAAAAGGCGUCCAAUUUAGCUUCUGCCGGGGACCGUGGCGUUCAGAUGCGACGGCCAACGAAUAGACGCGGAAAGCAAGCACCGACUCCACCCAAACGUACUAGUCUACUGUCGUCGUGCAGUUCAUUCCGUGAGUCGCAGUAUGCAGCCGACGAUCAAGCCGGUCACGACGAUGGACUGGCUUCACUUAAUGCAGGUGGGGGUCGAGUUGGGGCUCGCGAGGCGUCCUCGGAGGGUUCAUUGGCGGAGGCGACACCCGACACAGAUGAGUCGGCCGGGGCUGGCGGGAUGACCCCGGGGGCGGAGCACCGACACCGCUCCAAGCGACGACACCAUGCGCACGCGCAACCCAUGCAUCCACUCCAGUCCUCGCAUGACAUACAGCCUAAGCAAGGCGUUCAAGUUGUCGCUCUCGAAGUACAAAACGUAAAACGUGCCAUCAACCGUUACGGGACUUUACCUAGGGGUGCCCGUAUUGGUGCGUAUUUAAAGUCUCUCCGUCAGAGCGGCGGCCCCUGCACGCCGAGCACCCCUCGUGAGCCACACGAAGAGGCCAGGUCGCUCUCACCGCGAACGGCCCGCGCCCAGCCCCACAUGAUACGAUCUAAUUCAUCGGGUGGCGUCACCGCUCCUACCCCAGCCUCCCCAAGAACCAACAGAGCGGCACCGUUUAGAUUUCUCGCAAACAGCCCCGCUAAACCAAGACCUAGGUUAGCAGAAUUAGAGUUUCCUCCGCCCCCUCCGGAUCUCCCCCCGCCCCCUGAAGAUACACAACCCAUCCCACCUCCACCGCCUCCGGAUUGUUGCCGGGAUACAGGCACAGACACCGGCGAUAGGCUCGUGGUCAAUGAAAGUGAAGAGAAGCCAGCCAAACAAAUAAUGAAAGAAAUGCUCGAGCUGAAACUGGUUGCGGAAAUCAAAGAACGGGCAGAUAAAAAGAAACAAAAACUUACAGAGUCGCCUCCACUAAAUGAGGCCAUCGAAAUGCACACGUCAUUCGGAGACCCCGUCACUCGUCUAGUCUCCGAACUUUCGGAAAGUUUGAAUAUGGAAGCUUUACGCAAGACUGAGAAGAAAAAUGAUGCUGCAAAAUAUAUUGACAGCAAAGAAACUGUGUCGGCAAUUGAUCUCAAAGCAAGUCUUAGAAGAACAUCGUUCAAUAACAACGUCGAGAAGAAAAUCGGCGCUGAGUGCAAGACGAAUACUGAUUUCAAGUCGCAAUUAAAAAAAGUUGAUACAAAUAGAAUGAACAAUGUCGCAAAGGAAUCGGAAGAGGCGGGCCGCUCCAUUAUUGAUUUCAAGUCUAGAUUGCGGAAAGUUGAUGGUAAUUCAACCGCUACUAACGGCCAAGUCAAAAGACUGGAACAAAUUUCACCAGAAGAUUCUAGAAAAGAUGUGUCAAGUAAAAGUGACGAUUCGGACAAAAAGCGGUCUGAAAGCGGAUCUUUGGAUACCAGUGGCGCUGAUGAAGAUGAUAAGAGGCGUAGUACUGGUAGUAUUAGCAGUUUGAAGAAGUUAUGGGAGAGUAAAGAGAGUGAUGAACGACUGAGCCCGAAAAUGAAACCAAGGGGAGAAGAGGGUGAAGAAGGUCGCAGUGGCAGCAUGCAGACUAAGCGGUCAGACGAAAAGCCUGCGGUUGCUAGCAAGCCUGCAAUGAGAGCUCGGCCUGUUGGAAAAGGAGGCAUAUACGCAACCCCUCUCGCUUCUAACAACGAAGAAGAUGUCGACGCUUUAGCAUCGCUCAGAGUGUCACUAGAGUGUUGUACUAAUGAGGUGCGCCGUGGAUGCGGCGGUAGUGGCGGGCGCGGGUCGUUAUGGCGCCUACAGACGUCGGAGCGGCUCGCUCGUCUCGCGACCGCGUGUAUGACUGCGGCAGCUAACAGUCGCUGUGCGCCGCAGCUCCGUGUGCAACUACGCGCCGCCGCCGCCAGGCUCGAGGCCGAAGCCAGAGCGCUCGCCUCGCCGCAACCACAUCACCAUCAUCUAGCGGACGGUGUGGAACAGGCAUUGCGUGAUUUAGCUAACAUCGUGUAUAGGUAAACAAGACUGUGCAUGUGUCUCGGGACAUAUCAUAUCGUCAGACACGUCUUAACACUCUGAGAAAAAGGAAGAAUUACAAUAUGGAUUUUUAAAUGCUUGAACCGUUUAUAAUUUGUGUACUAUACAUUUACAUUUCUUAUUAAGCGUCGCUGUAAAAUGCUUUUCUUCGUCCAUUAUUUUUAGAAGAAUUAUUUGCAACUACAUGUAAUUUUUGUCUUUAAGUAAUGUGUGCCAAUAAUGUCUAUAGUUUGUCAAAGUCGUCGCAUGCUUCUUCUGUAUAAAUGAAAAAUAUUUAAAACUCAAAUGUAAAAAAUAUAAACCAAAGAAGUUUGUCUGUUCCCUUAAUAAUGAUAUCAACUUAGUCGUUAACCAGCCUUUAAUCUCGAUUUAACUUAGAUUAAGAUCUCAAUUUGACUACAAGUAUUAAAUAUUAUACUUUAUCUAUAGUACAAAUGUUUGAAGGUAAUCGACGGUUGAAGAGUCACAAUGUAUUUGAUACUAAAUAUUACCUAAGUACAACAUAUAGUGUGAGUGUACCAGUAACAUAUUAUUAUUAUGUAUUUAAAUAUAUAUUGAAGCUUUUCAACAAUUCCUUAGUGUGAAGACUGAUGUUAACAUUCUUAGCCCCGAUUUCAACAUUGAAGUAGUACACGACUAUCACCGAACUAAGCUUACGCCUGUUAACAUGUUUACCGAUACAAUUCUGAUUUCACCAAGACAAACUAAACGCAGUUAGUUAUAGCUUAAACGCGUUUAAAUGCUGACCGCCGAAUUUUGGACGUUCAACAUAUUAGAUCGCGUUCUAGAGCUGUCACUGUCGUUAUCGUAAUAGAAACAUUGACAUUUCACUAUUUUGUUUUGUCAUACUUAUCGACGACAGUUUUGCCAGGUAUUUGACACAUUAUAGUGUUUAUGAUAUAUAAACACAGUUUACUUAACACGCAAAAUCGCUUGGUGUUUAAUCGAGAUCAAGACUGACGUUAAAACCUUGUUUUAUAGAACUCAGUUUGUAGUGUCAUUGGUGACGUCGGGGCUUAAAAGUUAACCCCAGGAUAAUUAUUGUUGGUACCGAAUUUUUGUUUCAUGUUGCUUCAAUUGCUGCAUUACUUAGCUUUAAAACUAAUGUAGGCUACGUAUAUGUAUAACCAAUUAACAAUGUUUUAAUUAAGUUGUUGUUGCAGUGCCAAAAUAAUAGGGAAUGAUAUUCGAAUUACAUAUUCUAUAACUAUAGUAUAUUUUAAGUCCACACGUGCGCGAAUUUUAAAAUGUUAACUUUACUUUAAUCAAACAUUCUCUACGGAUAUAGGUAUUUAUUAAUAUGUUAUUUACGCUCUACGAUAUUACGCUCGCAAAAGGAUAGAAUUUUUACCGAAAUUAUGUUAAAAAAGAUGAUAUGCAUAAAAACUGCAGGAGCAAAGGUGUCGGCUAGUGUAUGUCACUGUCAAACUUUGUGAAAGAAACCGUUUUUAAUCGGUAAAAAGACAAUUUACAGAAUACGCGCGAGUUGAAUGCAGAGCAUUGGAAUGCGACCGUGCUGUGACCUAAUUAUAAUUGAUGACCAUAAUCAUAAGUGCGUCGAUAAAUUUAAACAAUGCUUAAAGAUUACGAUUUCAACCUAAUACUUAUCCUUCUUCUCUUCUCCUUCUUCAGCACACAUGUCUAAAUCAUUUUUCGCAAUUAAUUGUGCUUGGCGAUGAAUAAAGACUCGUUUUUUUGGAACGGAACCUGAUGGACUCGGAUCUUAUUAAAAUAUCGGUUAUUAUUAAAAUAAAAAAAUAACACGUGACCGCAACGUCAUUAUAUACGCGAUAACACGGUAAAUGUACGAUAACUGUCAACAACGGCACAGCACUACUACUAGCGGGGGGAGAUUCCCCGCUCUGUACCUCAGGCCGCGGCUGUAUUCAACACACGCGCUGUUUGUAGUGUGACGCAAUGUGCGGGCUUAUAACAUAUCUUCACCCGGUAAUAAUAAUAAUAAUGUUGAUUUCACGACGUGUGGUUACAAACAAUUUUUUUAAUCAAAAUUUGACUGUCGAUUGAUCCAAUUAAAUUCUUUUAUUAUGAAAUAACAUUCCAGAUAUUUUGUAAAUUCUAAACACUUGAAGUAUUUUAAAGUAGGAAAUAUAUUUAAUGCCAUGACUGUAGAGAUUAAUUAUAUUACCUGAGUAAGAAAGUGUUUGUAGGCUUUAAAGUUUUUGCAUUAUAUACUUUAGCAUAGUAUUUCCGUGACAUUAGGUUGCUUUCAACGAUUAGCAUUUCUAGCAAUAGUAUUAUAAUAAUUUUACAUUUAAAGAUUUACGAGAUGCUUAGUAAAUAAUGUUUUAUUCAGUCUGUCUCGUAAAAUUUCUAUAACAAUGAUAAUAUCAUCUAUCAAAUAAAUUAAUAAUUUAUUUGUAUAUAAUAUUACGAUUUAUUAUGUAUUUUUAUUGGAUUUAAAAUUAUACUUCUCUCUUGGCCCUAGUGCGAAUCGUAAACUAUUUGUAUUGUAUGCUAAGCUGUACCCGGCAUGCGCUGCCUAAAGAGUAGAAACAAAUUUAUGUAUAGACUUAUGGACAAGGACCCGUCGCGAGCGUAUAGAACAUUGUAUCAAAGUUUCCAUCACAAUCUGAUAGAUGAUUUCGGAUUGCAUAGUGAACAAAGUAAUAUUGAUUGUUAUCUAUAAAAUACACUAAUUUCUACUUAUUACUACUGGACUGGCGGCUGUCAAAUUGCUUUUGUGCCUGUUUGAUAUUCGCCAUUUUGGCGCUGUUGGCCAUGUAGCGAGAGUCUGAGGUACUAAAACUAGUGUUGCCGACCAUAGCUAAACUAUUUGUGUGUAAGUGGGAAACUAUUUACAAAAAAAAAUUGUACUUUAUUACCUACGUUGAUUACUGAAGUAUAAAUACACGGACAACGAACGAAAUUAAUUCAGAGUGCAAAAUUUUUUCAGAGUACUGUACACUUUUGUUGCAGCCAUUUGUACUAUACGUCAAAAUUACUUCUCUAGACGCUCGCGAAUGGCGCUUCAAAUAUGCACAAGAAAUUUGCUUUUAAACAUAUGAAACAGGCAGUCCAGUGGUAUUUAAACAGGUCAGUAAUAAAAGAUCAUACUCAAGUGUCGUAAUGUGAUUAUUAGACGGUCCGCUUGUAUUUUUAUUCUACUAACUCUAAGGCGCAACUCUGUUAUUACUGUUGACGUACUGUGAUACAACUUUUCGAUAUCUGUUUAAUUGUGCUCAACUUUUUUAAAGAUUGAAUUCAAUUCUUGAAAUAACGUAAAUCUCUUAGGUACUGAACGAACUGCUUCAUUACGUUUAGUGAACCAUAUUUUGUAUUGAAUGUUAUUUACAAGCAAUACUUAUAUGCUAGUCUCUAUUAUAUUAUUAAGUUAAUAUUAAGUAUUUCGCUGUUUUAAGUAUACGUAAUUUUAAAACACGCGUAAUAACGUAUAUUAUUGUAUGUAUAACUAGCGACCCGCCCCGCCUUCGCACGGGUGCAAUACUGAUACUACAUAAUAUACUAUAGAAUGUCGCAAAAAUGGCGCCCGUCGCGUAGUUUUAAAGUUCUAAGCGUAGAUAUGGACAUACAGACAACGGGAAGCAACUUUGUUUAAUACUAUGUAGUGAUUAGUGAUUGCUGUAUGACUUUUCUAUUAGUGUGGUGUAUUGGCGCGUAUAUUAUAACUUAGAAUGUGUAGAUAUCGCUUACCAUAUUAUAUAAAAACUAUAUUUAGGCGGUAUUAGUUUGUAUUUAAUCAACUUUGCUUGUAAUAUACUAUUAAUAAACAGCGCGCUCUGAAAUCAGUUUGACUUGUAGGUAGGCGAUCGAUCUGCUCAAGUUUAAUCGAAUUUAAAGACGGUAGCGCGGUGUGACUGAUCAUUUGAAUUUUAUUUUAAUUAUUUUCUAGAUAUGUUUUCAGUAAAGAAAAUUUGUAUAAAAUAAAAGGCUCCAAAACUUCAGUAUUUUUCUUGCAAUUGAAUGCUUAUAAUAGUUUUAUUUCCGUAAAAAUAACUCAACUCCAGUGAAUUACGAUUCCAGUAAAAAACACAUCCAUAGAUAUUAUUUAAAUUUUAUAUUAUGAUUAAAGUUACCAUGCGUAAUAAAUAAAACUUACUACGAUGUGUAGCUUCCAGUGAUAACUCAUAGUAUAUAAUUUUGAUCAUUGACUCAUUGCAUUCUAGUCACGCACGGGGUGGGCUAUAUAUAAUGUUAAGUGAAUAGGAAUUAAGUCGAGCUGUUUUCAGAGCGAUCGCAUUAUUAUAAAUACUAAGGCCUUAUAUUGAAAUCGAAACGGAUCACAAGCCUAUAUUCGUUGAAAAAUUUGUGAUAGUGACAAAUAGUUUCUUUGCUAAAAUAGGUUUUUGAAACGUUUAGGAUUUUUGGAGAUGUAAGCCUGCAGUUUAAUGUCUACAUAAUCUUGUAUCGCUGUAUUUGUAAGUCCAUUCACUUAACCGUUUACACUUUCAUAUAAUAAUCCUGUAGUACUUUUGUGUCUUCUGAUGUACAAUUUUCACAUUUUUCUCAUCACGAAUAAUUAAUUAAUAAUAAUCAAAUUUGCGAUUCGAUAUCUUUUUAUCUCUAUUCACGUAUCUUUUUAUCAAGAGCAUCAUUCAAUUUCUAUAUAUUACAGAAUCUUUAUUGUUUUCGUUUUAUACUCACCAUUAAAUCAUGUACCUAAAUUAGAAUUAUUUUAUUAUUUACUUGAAAAAAUUUAUGUAUUGUGUUUACUCAAUCGAAUUGGGUGUGCCCUAUUUCUUAUUAAGUUCACUACACCUAUCUCUGUCAUAUCAUAUGUUAUAAUGUAAUAAUAUUAAUAUUACUAUAAAUUCAUGAUCGAUAUUUAACAAUAUUCCCGAUUGAUCUCGUAAUUUCACAUUUAUGGGUUUUAUUUAUAGAUUCCAAAGAUAUAUUCAGACUUGAAAUUGUAAUGGUUAAUAAAGUUUUCCUUUAUGAAA